CCCUUUUUCUUCCCUCCUUCCAACUUCAAGGCAAUAGGCUAAAGGCUAGCCUUCAGUAUGAUAGUAGUACCAACAAUUAACUCAUCUUCACUUCCAAAAACCUUCAAAAACCCAAAACAAUUUUCUCAGUUCCCCUACAUUCUCACUCUUACUCUCUCUUUCCCUCAAUUUAUCCCUCCUAAGCCCACCCCAAUUUUCAAAACCCACUUUUGAAAUCAUCUUUUUUUUUUUAAAUCAAUUUUAGGGUUUCCCCUUUCUUCUCCCAAAACUAAAACAUGCAUAUAAAUUAAUCAUUUUUAUUUAAGUUAUGCAUUCCAAGCGAUCAAGCCAGAGAAAUGAAAAUGGAAAUUUGGGUUCAAUUGGAAACACCCUUAACAACAAUAGUAAUAAUACCGAUAACGAUGGAAUGGUAACCCGUACUAGUAAUCGGAUUCGAAGACCCGCUUUAAGAGGGUUGUUAUAUUAUUCUUCUUCCUCUAAUUUUUUGAAAAAAAGGAAGAAAUCCAAAACAAGAACCGCUGCUGUUCAUAUUGCUAAGUUGUUGAAACCUGGUGCUCGUCGUCCAAUCGGUUCUUCCAAGAAAUCUAUCUCUAAUCAGGAUAUGACGAAUCUUCGGCGUUCCACCAGACAGAGGAGAGUAUCUGUUAAUUUGGAUGAUUAUACAGAUAGUUCUGGUUCAGAUGCGGAUUUAAUGAAACCUGGAAGAUACCGGACAAGAAGCCGGAUGGAUAACAGUGCUGCUCGGGAUGAAUUAUCUCCUCCUAAACGCAGAAAAGUUAUCGAGACUAAAUCCACACCUCGACGGGAAGGGCUUCGUCCUCGAAAUUCAAAAUCAAAUGGGAGACGCACUCUUGCAUUUGAUGACGAAGAAGGUAGCUCAGAUGAAAAGGAUGAACAAGAUGAACUAGAAAAUGGAAAUGAUGGUGAAGAUCACGAGGAGGAAGGUGAGGGUGAUGACGAAGGAGAAGCUGAGGAGGGUGGGGAGGGUGAAGAGGAGGAUGAAAGGGAGGAUGAAAGGGAGGAAGAUGGUGAUGAUGAAGAGGGUGAAGAGGGUCAGGGUGGACGGAGGCGUUAUGAUCUACGGAAUCGUGCGGAUGUUCGAAGACUUUCUAUGGUGGAGGGUAAACUUAGACCAAGAUCUCCUAGAAGAGUUUUACACCAUGGGAUGGGGAAUAAGGUUAAUAGAGUUGUUGGAAGGGGUGGGACAAGAGUCCAUAAACGUCAUCGUUUUACUAGGAUUGAUGACUCUGAUGACUCUCUUCUUGUGGAUGAGUUGGAUCAGGGUCCAGCAAUUCCUUGGGCUCGGAGUGGAAGCAGAUCUGGGGCUCCUUGGCUCUUGGGAGGGCUAGACAUGCAUGGAGCAACUGCAUGGGGCUUAAACGUUGCUGCAUCUGGUUGGGGUCACCAGACUGAUUCCCAUACAUCUUUGACAACUGGGGUACAGACUGCUGGUCCGAGUUCUAAGGGGGGAGCAGAUAUCCAGCCUUUGCAAGUUGAUGAAAAUGUAAGUUUUGAUGACAUAGGGGGGUUAUCAGACUAUAUUGAUGCUUUGAAGGAAAUGGUCUUCUUUCCUUUGCUUUACCCAGAUUUCUUUGCGAGUUAUAACAUUACCCCACCAAGAGGUGUUUUAUUGUGUGGACCCCCAGGAACAGGGAAAACUUUAAUUGCGCGAGCUUUAGCUUGUGCUGCUUCAAAAGCUGGCCAAAAAGUGAGCUUUUACAUGCGUAAGGGAGCUGAUGUUCUCAGCAAAUGGGUUGGAGAGGCUGAACGACAGUUAAAGCUUCUUUUCGAAGAAGCGCAAAAAAAUCAGCCUUCUAUCAUUUUCUUUGAUGAGAUAGAUGGGCUUGCUCCAGUGAGAUCAAGCAAACAAGAACAAAUCCACAAUUCUAUAGUUUCAACCCUACUCGCUUUAAUGGAUGGCCUUGAUUCCCGUGGACAAGUAGUCUUGAUUGGAGCCACAAAUAGGAUUGAUGCUAUUGAUGGGGCUUUACGUCGACCUGGUCGAUUCGAUCGGGAGUUUAACUUUCCCUUGCCUGGUUGUGAGGCUCGAGCUGAAAUUAUACAUAUCCACACUCGUAAAUGGAAGCAUCCUCCAAGCAGUGAAUUAAAGACAGAACUUGCAGCUAGUUGUGUGGGUUAUUGUGGAGCUGAUUUAAAGGCUCUUUGCACUGAAGCUGCCAUUCGCGCAUUCCGUGAAAAGUAUCCUCAAGUUUAUACCAGUGAUGACAAAUUCGUGAUAGAUGUCGAUUCAGUUAGGGUAGAAAAGUUUCACUUUUUCGAUGCUAUGUCAACAAUUACACCUGCUGCUCACAGAGGAUCCAUUGUGCAUUCGAGGCCAUUAUCAGCUAUUGUCGCACCAUGCUUGCAAAGACAUCUCCAAAAAGCCAUGGCGCACAUAUCUGAUAUUUUCCCUGCUUCUGCUAUAUCAUCAGAAAUGACAAAACUAUCAAUGCUCUCCUAUGGUUCUGCUAUUCCACUUGUUUAUAGACCUCGGUUUCUGCUUUAUGGCAACGAAGGUGUUGGGCUGGAUCAUCUUGGACCUGCUAUUUUACACGAGUUGGAGAAGUUUCCUGUUCACUCUCUUGGGCUUCCAUCUCUGCUGUCAGAUCCUAGUGCAAAGACACCUGAAGAGGCAUUAGUACAUAUUUUUGGUGAAGCACGGAGGACAACGCCGUCUAUUCUAUAUAUUCCACAUUAUGAUCUAUGGUGGGAAAAUGCACACGAUCAACUUAGGGCUGUCCUGCUCACUCUGCUAGAAGAUUUACCGUCAGAGUCGCCAAUAUUGUUACUUGGAACAACCUCAGACCUACCUGCUGAUAUGGAAGGGCGGCAUCGAUUAUUUUCUGAACGUAGCAUCUACAAAGUGGAUGGACCAUCAAAUGACGAUCGGUCUUUGUUUUUUGAUCAACUAAUUGAAGCAUCUUUGUCAGUAUUAUCAGAAACUACUUUCAGUAAGCUGCAGACAUCAACGUCAGUUCCAGAGCUGCCUAAAGCUCCUAAGGUGGUCGGUGGCCCAAAAAUCUCUGAGUUGAAAGCAAAGGUAGAAGAAGAGCAGCAUGCACUUCGUAGAAUGCGGAUGUGUCUUAGAGACGUGUGCAAUAGGAUUCUGUACGAUAAACGAUUUAGCGCCUUCCAUUAUCCAGUAACCGAUGAAGAUGCCCCAAAUUACCGCUCCAUAAUCCAAAAUCCAAUGGAUGUGGUUACAUUGCUUCAACGUGUUGACUCUGGCCAGUAUAUAACCAGCUCUGCUUUUCAGCAGGAUGUUGAUCUAAUUCUAAGCAAUGCAAAGGCGUACAACGGAGAUGACUAUAACGGAGCUAGAAUUGUUAGCAGAGCACAUGAACUACGAGAUGCAGUGGAAGGAAUGCUCUCUCAGAUGGACCCUGCACUUGUUGCAUACUGCGACAAAAUUGCUGCUCAAGGAGGUCCUAGUCAAAUGCCUGAAGGAUAUGGGGAUUCUGCUCUUGUGCAAACUCCUGUUGUUCAAACCUUAGCUGUAACUAGAGCUAGUGCCCGGCUCCGUAAUGUCCAGCCAGAGGUUAACCUAGGUCAAACAUAUGAAGUACUAAAAAAACCGAAAAAGAAUGUUGAGUCUAUCUCCACAGCCAUAGCUGCCGAAGACAAGUCUAAGCCCCAGGAGUCUCUGGAUCCACCAUCAACCGAAGAGGCUCAGGUGAACUCUGGACCGGAGAGUCCAACUGCGAAUUGCAGUGAACAUGAGGCUCCCACACACGUAGAGGAACUUGAACGUAGAAGAUGUCCUGAAGAUGUUGAUAUGGAUGAUAAUGUAGAUACUUCCGGGUUAAAGCAACGAUUUCUAAAGUGCACAGAGGGAUAUGGUAUUCCGCAGCUAGAAAGGCUGUAUACUCGUAUUCUAAAAGGAGUUUUUGAGGCAAAAUCCGCAGCUGGGUCAGACAAUCCCAAAUCUAAGGUUCUCCAAUUUUUGACCAACUUCCCUCAGGAUGACACCAACUUUUGAUCGGCUUUUGUUUUUAUUUCCCUCUCAUUCCCUGAUCCUCCGCCCCUUCUUUUACUUUCUUUUACCUUGUUUUUCCCCUAGUUCUAUCGGUAGUUUAUUGAAACUAGAUCUUGUACAAAGACGGGAUCUUAUUUUUUCUGAAUGAAAAAUACGAGUUAUACAGGGUAGUAUUCAAUCCGCAUUUUGACGCCAGAUCCUCAACUUCUCCAAUUUUGUUAAUGUACUUUGAAUUUUUGAUGCCUUAGUUUUGGAUUGUUCCCCCAAAAUAAUUGCUGCUAUACUGCUACUACAUAAAUUCGAAUUCCACAGUAUUCUAUAACCUUUGGCAAUAUUAAUGACCGACAUUAUCAGUGGUUCUGAAUUUCUGAUAGAAAAACUUGUGACUUUGCUAUAUUGUUAAAUAGAGAAAAUAUGCCGGCAAUAUCAGCGGUCGCCGUUGCUGGUAUUGAAGUUGAUUAGGGUCGUGGGCUUUUAUGGGUUUGGAAUGUAGAAAAUCUACGGUCUGGGUUUAGAUGUUUGAGAAGACGAACAAGAUGUUAUAUGAUGAGGAUGACAUAGGUAUAAAGUAAUUUGAGAGGGGAUAGUUCGAGAAUAGCAUUGGGAUGAAACAACAUUGAUGUAUGAAUAGACCUUGUGUGAAAAUAAACGCCUGUGUCUCUAAAGCUAAGUUUGGUAUUCCUAAAAAAAAGUUAGAUUUGGUAGUUGUUUGUUGCUACUGACAACAAAUAGCAUUCCAAAGUU